AUUUCCUUGGAAAUACAAGGGGGAUUUUCAGAAAAUGUUAUAACAAAUAGAAAUGGGGGAUAAUAUGAAAAUAACCCAUUUUUCUUUUGUUAGAAAAGCGAAGCGAGGAAGAUGGAGGAGACGAGACGAGAGAUGGAGAUGAGAGCCAAUGUAGACAUCGAAAGGGGCGAAGACGUAACACCCCUAAUCCUUCCCCUCGCUUUCUCUCUCUCCGAUUCCUUCCUUCCCUCUCAUUGCUCUGCCUGCUUCCACCCUCUCAACCCCCGAAUUCCCCUAAAUACUCCCAACAAUCCCAUCUUUCAAUCACCCUCUCUCCACUCCUGCGAUUCCCAUUGCAAGGCCUCCGUCCGUUACUGCUCUAGAGAAUGCUUCCACGCCGACUCCCACCUUCACCUGUCCAGCGGCGAGUGCCGCCUCUUUCUCUCCCUCCAAUCACGGCCCGCCACGUGGCAGCGUGACGACAGCUCCCAGCUCCGCAUGGCUCUUCGCCUCCUCCUCUCCUUGGAAGGAUCGUCUCCCGCAGCGAGAAGAAUCGGUGGGUUAAUGACUAAUCGUGAGAAAUUCGAGGGAGAUGCCGAGAUUUUGGAGAGGAUUCGAGAUGGAGGGAGGAUGAUGGCUCUCGCCAGAGGACGCUUGGGCCCAGGAGAAGAGAUGAGAAAUCCAAUGGAGGAAUCGGUCCUGUGCCAGGUGCUAACGAAUGCCGUGGAAGUGCAGGUUAACGAAGGGCGCGCUGUCGGAACUGCCAUUUACGGGCCUUGUUUCUCUUGGUUCAAUCACAGCUGCGUGCCUAAUGCUUGUUACAGCUUCUCCCUCACAGGGUCUGACGAGUCGGACUCGAGCGGCGCGGGUUUUCUGGUUUCCGCCCACGGUGAAGAAGCUACGCGGGAGAAAUGGAUUUUUGAUGAAAGAAAAUUGAAAUAUGGUUUAUGCAAAAACGGUCCAAGAAUCAUUGUACGAAGCAUUAAGCCGAUUAAGAAAGGUGAGGAGGUGUGUGUCACAUACAUAGACUUGUUGCAACCUAAGGCAGUGAGGCACGCAGAAUUGUGGUUGAAGUAUUGUUUUGUUUGUUGUUGCUAUCGAUGUACUGCAUCACCACCGACAUAUGUGGAUCUGGUUUUAGAAGGAAAUGUUGCUAACUUCCACUCUUCCGCAAGUGUGGAUCACAGCUUUUACAGGGAUGAGGUAUAUGAAGAGCUAAAUGAUUGCCUAUAUCAGGCCAUUGAUGACGUGUCAUCUGGGAAUCCCAAGGCUUGCUGUGAAAGGCUUGAAAUCAUGCUUGCUGAAGGCUUCCGAAAUCAACAGUUGUGGCCUGGGGAAAAUUUGCAGCCAAAUUCCAAGCUGCAUCCCUUGCAUCACCUGUCUCUUAAUGCUUUCAUAACACUAGCGUCUGCCUACAGGAUCCGCGCAGAUAGCUUCUUGGCACCUGAUUUGGCUAAGGAUAAUCAGCUGAAAGCUUUCGAGUUGAGCAGGGCUGCCGCCGCAUAUUCGGUGUUGCUUGCUGCUGUGACCCACCAUUUAUUCCUGUCAGAGGCUUCCUUGAUUGCACCUGCUGCCCAUUUUUGGGUUAGUGCCGGGGAGUCCUUAUUGGGUCUGGUUAGAAGCCCAACAUGGAGUCCAUUUGCUAAAAAUAGGUCAAUGUUAGACCUUUCAGAUCUGCUUAGUUGGAGAAAUGGCAAGUGCUUGCUGCUAAAAGAACCACAAAUUGGUUUGGUUUGUGGCCGUUCACGAAUGCAAACUGAAGGUUCCAAGUCAUGGGGUGAGUUUGAUGAGAUUUGCCAAGGAUUUCUUGAUUGUGUCACGAGAAUUUCAGUGGAGGUAUGGCCUUUCUUGAUUUGUGGCCUUGAUUACUUGAAAGAUAUCAAGGAUCCUGUCGAUUUCAGGUGGCUAGUAGGAUUAAUGAGUACACACACCUUGGGGGAAGCCCAGGUUGUUGCAAGAUGUCCGGCUGAGAGAUGUAUUGAAGAGGUUGAAGAGAGGAUGCGUUUGUUAGAGCUUGCUGCUCAUUGCUUUCUCUUUGGUGGAUUUCUAUCAGGCAUAUGCUACGGUCCUUGUGGCUAUUUGUCUGUAUUUGUUAGAAACCUCUUGCAAUAUCUCGGACAGUGCCUUUUGGAAUCUGAUGCCAUGUCCUCUGAUUCUGAAAAAGAAAAUGACCUGAGCAGCAUCUAAUCUCUUACGAAACGGAUACGCAGGAUGGAGUGCUCUGCUACUAUGGCUUCUAACAAAACCACUUUUUUGGAAAAUUAACAGCUGAGUUUAAACAGUUUUAACUUCUCAAGUCAUAAUAUUUAAUUGACAGAAAGAAAUCCACUCUCCACAACCCUUGCGGGCUCUUAGGGCAUUUUUGUUGGGAAGGAGCCAUUUGUACAUUCUCAUGGUCAUGAAGCCAUAGACUGAGUUUCAGACAGGAGAAAUGAUCACACCACGUUAUAUGUUUAACUUUCUUUCCAGCAAAAUUGUCACUUAGGUUGAACAUCCAAGUGCCUAAAAGGUGCAUCUGAUAAUAAAGAUCACUUGGGAUGGAAGCCAGGAUUGUGCGCUCAUCAUCAGCCUGGCUAAUCUUUUCAAAUCAAUGGACUGGCAGGUUUGGCUCAACACAAGGGAUCUUUACAUUGCAGACCACUUUUUCCUUGGCUCAGAUGUUUCUUUGCAAGUGACAUGCUUAUGUCAAUGUAAGUGUUUUAUGUGUUAAUUCAUUUGUAUUUAUCAUUGGCUUACCAAAUAAAAAAAUAUGUUCAAUCACAA